AUGACCGUCGACUCCAAGCCGCAACUCCAGCGCCUCGCCGGCGAUGCCGACGUUGACCUGAUGUGCAAGCUCCUCGAAGAGGACGGUGCCUUCAUCCUGAAGGGCCUGCUUCCCCCCGACGUCGUCGAAAGCUUCAACCGCGAGCUGGACGUGCAAAUGGCCAUCCCCCCUCCCAAGGGAGAGCGGCUCCUCGCGGACAAAUACCCCCCUCACUUCAAAUACGUCCCGAACGUCCCCACCACCUGCCCGACAUUCCGCAACAACAUCCUCAUCAACCCGGUCAUCCACGCCAUCUGUGAGGGCUACUUCCAGCGCACGGGCGAUUACUGGCUCAGCGCGGCCUUUCUCCGCGAAAUCGAAUCGGGAAUGCCCGCCCAGCCGUUCCACCGCGACGAUGCCACCCACCCGCUGAUGCACCACCAACCCUUGGAAGCACCGCCGAUCUCCAUCAGCGUCAUCUUCCCCCUGACGGAGUUCACGGAGGAGAACGGCGCCACGGAGGUCAUCCUCGGGAGUCAUCGGUGGACGGAGGUCGGGACGCCGGGGCGCGAUCAGGCGGUUCUGGCGACUAUGGAUCCGGGCGAUGUUCUCAUUGUGCGACAGCGUGUGGUUCAUGCGGGGGGUGGGAACCGCACGACCACCGGCGAUCCUCGACGGGUCGUUCUCGCGUACUUCAAUAGCUGCCAGCUUACCCCGUUCGAGACCUACCGGACGAUGCCGCGCGAGAUGGUGGAGUCGAUGACUGUUCUCGGCCAGAGGAUGCUCGGCUGGAGGACUAUGAAACCGUCCGAUCCCAAUAUUGUGGGUAUUAACAUUAUUGAUGAUAAGCGGCUCGAGAAUGUGCUGCAGUUGAAGGCUACUGAUUUGCCUGCUUAG